GCCGACGGCAAAAAAGUUCUUCCCCAUCACCUUCCUGGGUGCCAUCACCUGGAUUGCGGGCUUCUCCUACCUUAUGGUGUGGUGGGCUCACCAGGUCGGAGAUACCUUUGGGAUUACGGAGGAGAUUAUGGGCCUGACUAUACUGGCAGCUGGAACCUCCAUCCCUGACCUCAUCACCAGUGUCAUUGUGGCACGCAAGGGGCUGGGGGACAUGGCGGUGUCCAGCUCCGUGGGCUCCAACAUCUUCGACAUCACUGUUGGACUGCCGUUCCCCUGGCUCAUGUGGUCUUUCAUCAACGAACUGAAACCGGUGCAAGUCAGCUCCAACGGCCUCUUCUGUGCCAUUGUGCUCCUCUUCAUCAUGCUCCUCUUCGUCAUCAUCUCCAUCGCCGCCUGCAAGUGGCGCAUGAGCAAGCUGCUCGGCUUCAUCAUGUUCAUGCUGUACUUCGUCUUCCUGGUGGUCAGCGUCAUGCUGGAGGACAAGGUGAUCACCUGUCCCGUUUCCAUCUGAGGACCUUGGAGGACCCAGUGACCCCCCCCCCCCCUCGCCACACCACCACAACCCCACCACACCAAAACAACCGUUCUUCUUGUCCGCCAUCGCUCUCACCGACCCUGCGGAUCCUUCCACACCCCCCCAGGAAUAAAAACAGAAGACUAAGGAGGACUGGACGAGCGAAUAAAGCCGUUGUUGGCGUGGAGGGAUUAAACCAACGUGGGCUCAGGACUAGGGCUCGGCUGGUUUGGCGUUGGCCUAACCUGAGUGGAUUUUUGAUUUAUGAUUGUUUAAUUAGCAGGUGAGGGGAGGUUCUGUGUGUUUCAGCCAAAUAUAGAAGCAUUAUGCAUGCCGUUAGUGUCGCUAGACGAGCUUGAAUCCAGACCACGCCUGGUAGGGCGAGGAGGACGACCUCCUGUGAACUUUGGGGGGGGGGGAACCAAGACAUGCGCUGUAUGAAACUCUUAAUAAUACAUGCAGUGGCUGAGCUGAAAUUGUGAGCAUAUUUGAACACCAGACUGAGACGCCGUCGCCCAGAGUGAGUGGGAGUUUGUGGAUGCGGAGACCGUGUGGGGGAGAAGUGUUUCCCGUCUGAUGGUAUCGAGCGAAAAGACUCUCGAGCAACAAGGAACGAACCACUCGCUGGGCAGAGCAACUUCUUCUUAUUUAUUAUUUUGCUAAUUCAUAAUGCUCGGUCUCAAUAGCGAGUUUAAGCUUCCCCCUCUUCCCCCGUUUUUCAUCACCGAAUGUCUCUUCAGAGGAUUCUUCUUCUUUUCUUUUUUUUUAAUUUUUGGAUUCAUUUUCAUGAAAUACAGUAUAUAGAAGUAGCAUUAGAUGUACUGUAGCAGUAUUAGGCGACGUAGAGCCUUUUCGACAAUCCGCACCUCUUAUGUUGUUUUGCCACUGAACACACAUCCUUCGGAUUGUACAGAGUUUCCCACGCUUCGCACGCGCCGACUGAUAAAGACAAGAAGAAAAAAAGCCUAAUUGAAGUUUAGCCUCUCCAAAAUAUUACAUGCUAGCCUUCAGUAUCUUUCACUAGUUGGAGAAAAAAAAAAAAGACGUGAGUACGUUAGGCUCAUAAAAGUUCCGUAACGAAGUCAAUGUCAAAAUAAUACAUUU